AUGCCAGGCUUCCUGCUACAUGGUCCACUGGUAAGGCUGUGCGUGGGCCUCGCAUGUGUCCUGUCCCUUUACAACACAGAGUCUGCCUUUAAAGGGGAAGCCAAGAAGGAAAAUGUCAUGACCUUCCUACUUACAACAUUGUCUGGCCUCAGAGGAGAAGACAGUAGAGAAAAGGGGGUCGCUUUUCUGGAUACCACAGAGCUGUCUGCAAUGUCGGUUGAUCUGUCUGCGCUUAACCUGACAGAGCUGGUGAACGGGAUGCUGAUCAGAGCCUUAAAAGAUAGCAAGAAAUUUUUCUCCUUGUUAAGUGUUACUUCCUACAGCUCCUUUGCCUUCCACAAGUUUUCUGUGGCCAUUUACAACAUUUCUAACCUGAAGACUGUGGACCCGGCCAAAUUCCCCACACGGUACUGCUACUGCUUAAACAACCGGACCAACGAUUUAUCAGAUUUCACAGCCCUACUGGUGGACAUCAUUGGAAAUUCUACCAGCUACCUCACAGAGAUUUUAAAGUCAACCUCCAUCCUCUCAGCUACCAGGGGGAUGGCCCUGACUUCACAGCUCACACCCACAAGCCAGCAAACGCUACCAAGGACAAGCCCCCCACGUGGAUCCCAGAACGCUGGAGUGUCUGCUCUGAGAAGCUCUCCCAGGACAGAGACAACUCCUCCUUCAGAGGGAGAACAGACCAUGAACACAAACAAGCAUCCUGAGGGUCAUAGCAGAGCCCCGGCCGCCCUGGACGGCACCUCUCCCACCCUCCCAGACUGGGCUACCAGGAAGGUGGCUGGAAUUCCAUGGGUGACAGCCCGCAGGCAGGCAUGGGCUUCCACACUACCUGUGCCCUGGGCUCAGGCCACCAGUGAGAAAACACCUGGAGGUCUUCCCUGGGAAACACUUUCCUCCCCGCCGACAUCUCCUGCAGAGGCCGAGAAGGCCACGAACACACGGAACUUUUCCGAGACUCCUACCAGGACAGCAGCCAUGCCUGGCAGCCCACCAGGGACCAGCCCAACCUCAGGCCCAUUCACCCCUGGCACACAGACUACAAGUCCUACGAAGGCUCCAGCCCCCAGAUAUCCACAGGCAGGUGAUCUCCCUGCUGCGUGGCCCUUUACCCCUGGAGAAGAGCCAGUCCUCGUCCCAGGACCCCACCAGGUUUCAAGGUGUCCUGAGCCGCUCCUCAAGGAGGCGGCCAUGACCUCUGCUCCUCUCACACUGGCCAUCCAGAAGCUCAACCCUUGCCUGAUGGAGCUGUGCCGCUUUUUCCAGCAAUGUCUCUGCAUGAGCCAGAAGAGAGACCCCAGGAUGGAGGCAGUGAGGUAUUGUCUUGAAUACUACUCCUGGUUUCUGAAGAAUGCAACAUACAUCUGUCAGAGGGUGAAAAGGGUGUUCCACUCACACACCUUGAAACAAAAAUGCCUCGAGAAUAUCUGCAAGUCUGUUUGA